AUGGGGAAUAGCGUUGGUGUUGACACUCAUCGUACCGAUAACGGGGCAGAUGAUGCAGAUGAUGCUAAUAUGAGAAGAACUGGACCGGCUGCACAUGCUAUUGAUUCGGAAGAUGACCUUGAAGAACUCACUGCUUUUAUCAUCUCUCAUCCAAACAGAGCACCGGUACUGGAUGAAAAUAUCAUUGCACUUUGUUGUGUUGAUCCUUCUAGUAAAUCACAGAAGAGACAUCCACGAAGGCAAGUUUUGAUGAAGGAUAUAUUUCCAAAAGUAAAGCGACCGCGAGUUCACAAAGAUGCUGAGCAAUUCUGGAUAAGUCCCUUUGAACACUCUGAUACCAAGGAGCCCAUCUUUAAAACUAACGGCAGUUAUGAUCCGAGGGAACCGGGAAUAAAACAUUUCCCAUGUUUUCUGGAUAAGUUUUUGAAUAAAGAUUUUCAUCUCCAUAUGAAACUGAGGUGUACCAAUGCCAAACCCGAAUACAUGAAUACAUAUCCAGAAAUAUCGUAUCUAAUGAGGAAUAUUAAAUACGUGAAAGUUCAUUUCAAACAAACAGCGGAUCAAAGAAUUCAAGUAUUUAUAGAGGAAAGUCAUGGUAGGAGAAAAAACACAUCCCCAUCUCGACUCAGGAAGAUGUACGUUAAACUGUUGAUGUUGGAUCACCUUCACCCAAGUAUUAUGGUAUCUGGUGGAGAGUUUUUAUUGAAUCUUUAUCCUGCUGAAAAGAGUCAACACGUAGAUUGGAAAGAUAGUAAUGGUGAAUUACCCUCAAUAGUUGGUCAUUACUGUCGAGAGUUAGAUACCAACCCCAAUAUUGUCCUAGAAUGGUCUGUCUCACCUAAAAAAUUCUUCAACAGAGAUACUUUUAACUUUUAA